CGCGCCGGAGAGAUCCCGCGGAGCUGCGGAGGAAGAAGAGGCUGGGGAUGUGCACCGAUGCUCGGACCUGACAGCCCGGAGGCGGGGGGAGCUCUGCUCCGACGGGCACAGGCAGGGACCGACGGGGACACUUUGUUUCCACCAUCACAAGCUGGACACGAGGAUGAGGCGGAGCGGCGCGGAGCGGAAUACAACACACGCAGGCGGAUGGCUGAGCGCGCAGGUUUCUCCAUUGUGCUUGCUGACAGAGUGAGGACAGGGACACUGACUCUGCUAUUGUCUCUGCACUGUUUCCGGACAGAGUGAGGCUCCCCGAGUGCCUCGGCUGUCCAUUGUGACUGAAGAAGAAAGAAAGAUCCAGAUUGUCUGCAUAAAGACCUAUUCAGCAUCCAAAUGUGUCGAGCAUUUCCCUUCAUGCUCAGCCCCUUCUCCUCUAAGCCCCGUAUUCCUAUCCCUCUUGAUCAGUCCAUUCCCCCGUCCCAACUUCAGCUUUAGCUUCAGCCCCAUUUGGAGGCCCGCUGACAGCUCAGAAACAUCCGUUACCCUCCCACUCCACACGAGCCUGCUUUCCUCUCCCUCCAGCCCCCGUGGCGCUUGGCACCAGUGCCCAUCACAUAGACAGAUGGAGCCAACCCUGACCCCUCUCUUCACCCACGGGGACGCCAAGAGAAUCUCCGCCUGACGAGGGAAGGAGGGGGUGAGUGCUGCAAGUGUGAAGGGAGACAGGAAGGGAGAAGGAGAGCAUUGCUUUGUCACCAAAGCCACACAUCGUUUUAACUCCCAUGAACUCCCCUUCAGCCUGACCCAAGGCUCUCUGAUAAAAACGAACACAGCAGGAAAUUCAUCAGCGAGAGCAGGAGGCCCUCAUGUUUUCCCCUUGACAUGAGAUAUCCAACUCUAGGAUUUUCUCAAGACACAAUCUGAACAAAGUAUUCACCAACGAGAAGACUUUUUGGAAGAAGCGGGAAACCACACAUCCCGAGGAAAAGCCUGUUCUUUCGGUGAAGUUUUCCAGACAGCACAAAGGUUUUGCUCCGACCCCGGGACUCCGUUUCUCUUCAGGAUCUGAGAUCUAAACGAGUUGACAAAAAACUGGCAAAAAAAUUAAAAAAAAUGACACAACAGCAAAAAGGAAAUACCUGUGAUGCUGCCCUCUGAGUGUGCGUAAUAAGCUGCUUUACACUUUUCCUGACAGCUCAAGGAACACAUUUGCGUUCAAGCAUUUGCAGUUUCCUGACUAGACUAAACAUCUUUACAAUAAGAAGGAUUUGGACUCCUUUUUUCCUCAGACUUUGUUGCUGUUUCCAACCUUCACUGCGGAUGAGCGCUGACAUUAACAUAUAAUGCCAGUCAACCAGCAAUAAAAUGAGGCACUAAUAGCCGGUGAAAUGAAUUCAGUUGGCCAACGCAACAGAGGGGGGAAUACCGGCAUCCCAAAGCUUCCCAGGUGACUGCUGCCAUGCUGGAGAGCCCAAACUGGAAAUUCUGCCCCUGCUUGAAGUCUUUGCUUUGAAUAUUGAUGCUUUAAGGAGCUGUACGGUGCUUGAGCUAAAAAUAAGUUCAUUCACACAAAAGCUGAAGACCUAAACUGACUUCCUGGAAGCUCUUAAACACAUCAGAACAAAUGAAACCACUAAAAAUGGGCCUCAGAUAAGCCUUUAUAGAUAUUUGCUGCCAACUCUGGCCACAUUUGCAUCAAAGAAUAUUGACGUAUCUCUCCAAAUUCUCCGGACCCAUCUGUUGGUUCCUCCAUCGGGGGGAAUGGAUGCCUGACGUUACCAAGUGGACUCUGUUUUCUCUGUGGCAGUAUCAUCUUCAUCCAGCAGGCUGGGAGGGGCAACAGGAUGCCAGAGUUAGACAAUUUUCCACCUCUGAAUGGAGCCAGAGACCCUGAUCCGGGCCUUAAUGGACCAGCAGACCCGGCCCAGAUCCAGCACAGCAUCCUGGAGGAGCAGGUGGAGCUGUGGUGGUUCCGAGAUCCCGGGAGGUCCGUACUCUGCUACUGCGUGGCCGUGCUCCUCAUCCUGGGCUGCGGGCUGGGUGGCGUCGGCCUCCUCUCCACCACCACCAGCGUGUCCAGCGAAUGGCGGCUGGGUGCAGGUACGGCCCUGUGCCUGCUGGCCCUCGGGGUCCUGCUCAAACAACUGCUCAGCUCAGCCGUGCAGGAUAUGAACUGCGUGCGAAGCCGACGGCGGAUUGACAUGCUCAAGAGCGGUGGUUUGUCUGACCUCCUGGUGGUUUUGAUUACUGGGCUGUCACUGUUGAUCUGCGGAGGGGUUCUGCUCCGCCUGGCGCUGGCUAACCACAUGCCAAAGCCCGGACAAGCCCUUAAUGACAUGUACAUCUCUGGAGUGGUUCUGCUGGCUGGAGGAGGAGCAGCUGUUGUCGGUGUUGGGAUAUACGGCGUUGUGGUUUUCCUGAUUCAAAGGACGAGGCAUGGACGAAGGCUCGUGGACCGGGUUUUGAAUAUCUUCACUGUGUCAGGACACAUGGAUCAUCAAGCUCGCAGAGAGACUACCUCCAGUUUGGCUAACCUUAUAUAAAGAUGGAUAUUCUGACCCUGGGCUAAACUAAAUUUGUGCAGGCUGCCUGGCCAGAUAUUUAAAGAAAGCAGAUUAAAACAAGAUUCAUACCUUCCAUGCCUCACCUACUGGGUCAUCUGUGCACGAGGCGAAAUGAGCUGAAUCUGGAACACUCACUGGGUGGGUGUGAGCUGUCAGCAGCUGAAUAUUGGCCACAGAGCGAGAAAGCAAAAGGUUGGAGAAUUCAUUGCAGUAUUGCUUCAAAUUCCUUAACCCCCCCCCAAAAAAAAACUGAUCAGCACUUUUAUUUAUUACUAACAUAUCCUUCUCCAUUCACAUGAAGGCGGGAGGUUAGAUAUGUUACUGUUUGUAUAACGAGCAUCAACAUAAAAGCACAGAGAAGUCUUACAAAAAUAAAAUGACGAGAAGAAAAAGGCAAUUUAAUUGAUAUUUAAGGUCAUUUAGGAUAUUCAGAAAUAAUAAGCACAGUUUUCAUCUCAGAUGUUCAUUAUCCCACCCAAAAAUAGAAUGGAAAAGCAAAGGAAAAAGUAGAAAACAAAUUAAAUGAUGUUGGGAGUCGAGCCUGUGGCGGUUUAACUAUUGUGAAUUCAUGAUAAAACUAAAAAUUAGAAGCUCUGGCAUGUCUUAAAGGUGACAUGAGGUGUUGAAAGUGUUGGAGGGAUUUCCAGGCAGCACAAAAAUAAAAAGCAGAAUGAGCAACGGAUGCAAAAGCAUAAAUAUGACAUUUUUAAAAAGUCAUUAUUUAAAACAACCAUUAUGAUUUGUGCUCCACCUUCUCUUGUCCAUGUUUACAUGACAAUAUGAACAUAUUCAGCUGAUGACGGAUACUUUGGUAAAUCAAUGGCCAAAUCCAUUUCUUAGUUGGGUUUCAUAACUGAAUGCAAAUCAUGCAGUACAAUUACAGUUUUUGCUACAGACAACAUAGUUGUUUCUUUAUCGCAGCACUGAAUGUAUGAAUAAUUUGUGGGUUUUUCAGCUUAUUUUGUUUUGUGCAUCGACGCAGUAUUGUCUUAACUGUGAAUCUCGCAGCAUCUUGUUUUCCUGAAACCAGUGUUAAUCUAUUAUUUCGAUAUGGUAACUGGAUCAUAUUCCUUGGUGUAAUGUAAAAUAAUCACUCUUAGAGUAAAAGUCAUAAAGGACGAGUUACCAAAACCAUAUACAAUAGUGUCAAUGUUCUCAUCUGGAUAUCUGGAUAAACUCAUGAAGCUCAACCAUAUGACGUAAAUAUACAAAACAAAUUACAAAAUUAAAUGUUAGAGAGGAUUAAAGACAGAAAUAUUCACGACUGAUUGUGCAUCAGUUCCUGGAAUUAUUAAAGGUAUGGUAAGAGAUUCCUGAAUGACAUCAUGUCUGUUGAUAUUCGAACAAACAUCAAUAAAACACUGAUCGAUAGCUUCUCCCUCCCCCCUUCCUUCAGAGAAGACCCGUCUCAUCAUGAACCCAGA